AUGGAUUUACUAACCAAGUUUGAUAAGGAGAGGCAUCUUCAACUUGGUGAUGAAAUCCAAAGGGCAAGGGCAUGCUUGGAAUUUGCUGAAGGCCAAAUUGAAGAUGACAAAAGGCAUGCCAAUCUGGAUAGGACGAAGUUGCAGCGCAUGAAGCAUAGACACAAACGACUUCAGAGUGUAGCUGUUAAAAAAUACAAGAACUCAUCUAAUGCGGUGGAGUCAAAGAAGCGUGUGAUGCAAGCUGGAUUCGACUACUUCCGGUCCUAUGCAAAACUCGUCAUACCUGGGUUUGAUUGGUCAUCUAUUACCAUUUCCGACGUAAACAAAUAUGCUCAGCAAGGGAAGUAA